UUCUUAAAAAAAAAAAAAAGAAAAGAAACAACCCCACUUUGAUUCUUCUCUCCCACCCCUUCUCUCUCUUCUUCUGUUUGCCUGACUCCCCCCACCGGCUGGCCUCCCCUUUCUUCUCUCGCUCUCAUUAUUAUUUUUAGUGCGUGCGUGUGGACGCUUUUGGAGAGUUGGAAGGGAUUUUUUUUCCCUCUCACUGACUUGAACAUAGGGUGGCUUUUUACUUUUAUUUUUUGGUGUGGAUUAUCUCUUUGGACCGCGCCGGACUUGGCCUCGGGAAGCCAACCGAGGCUGCCCAAGGCUGCUCUGCUCUGCAGAAGGGGGUCCCCCGCCCUCUUUUCCACUUUUUUUUUUUUUUUUUGGCCUUCCUCUCCUUCCCUCCCUCUUCCUCUCUCUCUCCUCUCUCUCUGUCUCUCUCUCCACUCCCCCCUCUUCUAUCCCCACUCGGCUCCUCUCCCCCCUCGCGCCCACAGCGUUUGGUGUUGAUUCGAGCGGGAAGAGGGGGGUGGGUGGGAUUGGAGGGGGAGACCAUGACCUCCAGCUACGGGCACGUUCUGGAGCGGCAGCCGGCGCUGGGCGGCCGCUUGGACAGCCCCGGCAACCUCGACACCCUGCAGGCGAAAAAGAACUUCUCCGUCAGUCACCUGCUAGACCUGGAGGAAGCCGGGGACAUGGUGGCGGCACAGGCGGACGAGAGCGUGGGCGAGGCGGGCCGGAGCCUGCUGGAAUCGCCGGGACUCACCAGCGGCAGCGACACCCCGCAGCAGGACAAUGAUCAGCUGAACUCAGAGGAAAAGAAGAAGAGAAAGCAGCGGAGGAACAGGACAACUUUCAACAGCAGCCAGCUGCAGGCUUUGGAGCGUGUCUUUGAGCGGACACACUACCCUGAUGCUUUUGUGCGAGAGGAUCUUGCCCGCCGGGUGAACCUCACCGAGGCCAGAGUGCAGGUGUGGUUUCAGAACCGAAGAGCCAAGUUCCGCAGGAAUGAGAGAGCCAUGCUGGCCAAUAAAAAUGCUUCCCUCCUCAAAUCCUACUCAGGAGACGUGACUGCUGUGGAGCAGCCCAUCGUACCUCGUCCUGCUCCAAGGCCCACCGACUAUCUCUCCUGGGGGACAGCUUCUCCGUACAGAUCCUCGUCCCUCCCAAGAUGUUGUUUACACGAGGGGCUUCAUAACGGAUUCUAACGGAAGACACUGAAAAGGCAGAGUUAGACAGUGAAGAGAGAGACAGAGAGAAAGGUCUUGCUUCCGUUGGUUCAUCCCCCAAAUGGCCGCUUCGGCUGGCGCGCUGCCAUGCCAAUCCGGAGCCAGGAACCAGGUGCUUCCUCCUGGUCUCCCAAGCACUUGGGCCAUCCUUCACUGCCUUCCCAGGCCACAAGCAGAGAGCUGGACUGGAAGAGGAGCAACCGGGACAGAAUCUGGCGCGCCAACCAGGACUAGAACCCGGGGUGCCGGCGCCGCAGGCGGAGGAUUAGCCUAGUGAGCUGCGGCGCUGGCCUCAGCUGUCUUUUAAAAUGAUAGAUAUUGGGUUUAUCAUAGAAAUUUCCUAAGCAUAGAUUUUUACAGGUUUGUGCUCUGGUAGGAUAUUGAAUGGAAGUAUGUGUUUUACUUAGGAACUAAAUGAUGAUAAGCAUUUGGGCUUUGAAAACAAAGGACAUUUCUUUGUACACAUAAAAGAAUUUGUUCCCUUGUAGUGGGUUGUUCUGGUGAUAUAUCCUAAGUUAAAUAUACCCUAACUGUGGACAAAGGCUGAAGUUAUAGUCUGUUGUAUAAACUGUGCUAACAUUUGUUCACUUUCUACUAUGAAGAGGUAUUUUUAAAAAGAUAUAUUUUUAUUUAUUUGAAAGACAGAGUUACUGAGUGAGAGGGAGAGACUCAGAGUCAGAGAAAUCUUCUAUCCACUAGUGCGCUCCCCAGAUGGUCAAUUUUGGUCCAGGCUGACUAGGAGCCUGCAACUCCAGCUGGAUCUCCUAUGAUGGUGGCAGGGACCCAAGGACUUCGGCCAUCUGCUGCUGCUUUCCCAGGCACAUUAGCUGGGAGCUGGGUCUUAAAUGGAGCAGCCAGGCUUGAAUCAGAGGGGGGUGCUGGCAGAGCAGGCAGCAGCUUAAUCUGCUGUGCCACAAUGCCAGCCCUAUGAAUAAAUAUUUUUGAUGGAUCCAAGAAUAUGAAAUCAUCCACCCCUCUUUUGUCAUGUUCUCUUGACUUUGUCCUUUCUAUUAAGAUAUCAUAAUUAGUGGAAGGAUUAAUUUUUUAAAAAUCAAAGCAUAUUCAUCAGAGUUUUAAAGAAGUUAUUACUCAAACAAGGUGAUAGAGAUCGGUACCAUUGAGCUGGAAUCAAUUUAAGCACACUAUAUAUAGUUAGUUCUGUUACUUGUCUGUUUGUUUAAUACUUUAUGAAUACAGGUUUGUGCUGGGUAUUGUGGCAGCUCUUCUUGCUGAUACAGUUGUGAACAAGGCAGAUGUGGAACUGAUAGUUGAGCACACUGAGAUAUACUAAACAGAUUAUUAAGUAAAAUUGAAUUAGGUGCUAAAAUCAAAUAUACAUGGUACUAAAAAAAACUUAACCUUGUCUGGAUGAUGAUUGUUUACUCAGAAAUGAUGGAUAAGAGUGAAUUGGGAAAAAAUGAAAUAGAGGAAAGCAUGAUCCUCUUAUUUUUAACUCUUCUUUCUCCUUCUAUGACAACACACACACACAUGCACACAUAACUCACCCACACAUGUAUAUCACUGCUAUAAAGAUUUGAAACUGAAGAUACAUAUUUCUGGAAGGACUGAGUGAUCUGGUAGUGAUCACAUUUCUCUAAGUUAAUGUUCCUGGGUCAAUUGCUAGUAAUUGAGUUAAAAUAGGUUUUAUGAGCCUUGACUAUAUGGUGUCCCAAAUAAGCACCAGUGAUACAUUCUCUCUAUUUGUAGAGUAGCUUUAGUUUUCUCUUUCUGAUCUUGUCACUUGAUCCCCAGAAACACAAACUCCUGUGUGGCUGACAAAAUUCCACUGGAAUGCAGACAACAGAAGAGCACAUGUCAUUCCAUUUAUAAUUCUAUCUUGGUCCAGCCCUCAAUUGGAAGGGAAUUUGCUAAUCUUAGAAACAGCUAGAAAUAUUUCAUUUAAAUUGAAUGCCUUUUUAACUGUUUAGUAUAAAAGAUAAUUUGCAUCUAAGUCUACAAAACCAUUUCUUUAAAAGAGAUACAUGGAUGCAAUAAACAGAAACCCACCAAUGACAAAUUUCUGCCCAAUUUUCUGGUGUUCCUAGGUCUUAAUUAUAAUCUCUGAUAAUGAAAAACAACUUCAGGUAUUUCUUAGCCAUUAAGGACAGUGAAAACAGUUACUUAGGUCAGAAAUGCUGAAACUGGAGCCAUUGAAAAUUUAUCUAUGAGACUGAACUAUUUCCAAAAUAACCAACCCAAGGGUAGUAUAUGUUACUCAAGUACUUUUGAGGAGAGGGUACAAAAUCAAGACAAUUGGGAUAGAAACCUUUUGACUCGGCAGUGCUUGGUACUAGCAACCAGUGAAGCAAGAAUGGCAGAGAAGCUAUCUUGGGUUGCUUAACCUAUUCUCCAAGCACACUGUUCUUUAUGGUAUUGGUUGGUUAAAAUCUAUGAGAAGAUCAGCUGCCUAGAAUGAAGAACAAAAUUCUCUUUAGUUUGUUUUUAAAUGCCUGCUUCUCUUCUCACUGCCCCCACAGGCUGGCCAUGUGCAGGAAGAAAGAUUAAGUAAUGUUUUAAUUAGUCAGCUGAUUAAACACCUGCCAUUCAACUUGAGCAACUUUCUCCUCUCACCCCAGAAAUAAAUCAUUACUCACCGUAUCCAACACAGCAAAUCUCUCUUUCUCUCUCCCCUUGUCUCAGUCUCCUCUGCUUUACCCUGCCCUUCAAAACAUGGCCACCCUUCUCCAAAUGCCUUAGAUUAAUGGAAAGCUGGGGCUGUAAGGGACCACAGAGGUCAUCUAGUUCAACCCACCCUCCCUUGCCUGCCCCCAUCGUGAGAGUAUAUCCAUCUGGGGCAUGGACAUGCAGCUUCGUGAAACUAAUGCCUGUUGUUCUCCCUGCUCUCUCCUUUGUCC